AUCACCAACAAGCGGCACUGACAAAGCUACGGAAGUUCGAGUAGCCAAGACUCAUCGAGCGAAGGUUUUCAAACGAUAACAACCUAUACAGAGUUGUUGUUUUAUACUCAAAUAGGACAAUUACUGGAUAUGAUGCAAAUGCGGUACUCUAUAAUACAUUGUUUUAGUUAUAAGGGUUCCUUUCAUAGUUCGGCGGGUUCUGCUCUACGCAAGCUUGCAAACAGUUGCGGUUGAUGGUUAGCUGUUUGUAUAACUGGGGGUGUAUCCAAGUUUGUUCCUUUUUUGUAUUGUUUACUUUUACUACCAGGCAAGCUAUUCUUUACAUACAUAACAUGUAAAUAUCACACAAUGUGCGGUGGCAGAACGCCGUCGUAAAAUAUUGCUUAAAAAAAAAAAGGAAGUGACGAAGUCUUGGCACAUGCGUGGAUCGAUCGGGUAGUGACAGCGCCUCUUCAGUUGAAUGAAGAAGAUGUCUGACUUCACCUGGUCUGUGGUGGUGCUUACCUGUCAGCACAAAGACAGUGUGUACGCCUUCCAGAGAGAGCUGGAGUUGAGGCAGCAGCGUGGUUCUGUGUCUCACAGUACCUUGGUCCUGACAGUGCAGGACCGCCAAGAGCCCCUGGGCAGUGGAGGGGCAACUCUCAACGCCCUGGUGGUGGCGGCCGAGCACCUGAGCAGCCGAGCGGGACACACCGUGGUGACAGCUGAUGUGCUGGAUGCAGCUCACAUCCUCAUCCUCCAUACUGGUCGGGAUUUUCCUUGGAGUUCGUGCAGCCGAGCCUUCUCCUGGCUGCCGCUGGAAAAAGCUACUCAGAGGGUCCAGGCACCGGUCUGCUGUCUAGACCUGCUGCUGGACUGUCUCACAAACCAGGUUUGUCCUGGUUCUCCUCCUGGUGUUUGGGUCUGCAGCACAGACAUGAUCCUCAGCAUUCCGCCACAUUUUGUGUUGUCCUGGGACAGCUUCUCAGGUGUCCGUGUUCUCGCACUCCCCGGUGAUGUGUCCUACGCUGUCAAUCAUGGCGUCUACUUAUGUGACAAACAGGAUCACAUAAGGGACAUCAUAUACAAAGGAAGCAAGGAGCAGAUCCAGCAAGCAGUGAUGCAUGAUGGGAAAGUGCCUCUGGUCUCAGGUCCAGUCUUCUUUAGCAGGACGGUAACGGAGAAACUUCUACAGGCCCACGUCACGCCUCCUCUGGACGGGUGCACCUACUUAGGUCUCGACUCUGGAGCUCCGCCCCUCCAGGUUGUCCUUCCCCGUGCGCUCUUUUUUUUAGAUAAACUUGCUGAGUCGGUGUCUUGGUUUCUUCAGAUCUCGCUUUUCCUGGACGUGUUGAAGUGUCUUUGCUCGGAUCAGACCGAGGAGCAGUUUGUGGGCGGGGACGGGAGGGUCUGCGCUCAUGCUGGAGAGCCUCACGGGGCUACGGUGAGGAGCGGCAGGCAAGAGCUGUGGAGGAUCCUGAGAGGGACGCCGCUCAGCAUGGUGUAUGUCCCAGGAGGUCGCUAUGACUACAUGUCUCUGUCUGGGAAGCAACACGUUGACCGGCUAACCUCCGACUGGACACAUGGACACGCCCUCUCCUACAUGCAGUUUGACAGCAGUGUGAGCAAAGGAGGGCGGGUGAUCAACAGUGUACUGGAAGGAGACGUCUCUGUGGAGACCGGGGCAGUGGCGCAACACUGCCACCUGCAGGGUCCCCUGCGCAUCCCGUCUGGUUGUUUACUGUCAGGUCUUGAGGAAUCCGAGUCUCUCUGGAUUAGACAACUGCCGCCGGUCAACGACAUCAUCAUUCAGGGACAUCGCAUUGAGCUUGGGGACUUGAAGCUGAAGGUUUACACGGUGAUGGGAGGACUGGAUGACCUGGAGCUGUGCUGUGACGAUGUCGGUGCCUCCUUCCUCAACGUGAAAUGGAGCGUCUUCUUCAACAGGACAAGCGUACGGCCAGAAGACUUGUGGUUCCCGGGAAAGCCGCGCUCCCUGCUGGAUGCUCGCCUCUUCCCAGCAUUCCACCCACACGAAGGCCCUGUAGGCGUGGUGGGGGGCGUGGCCUGGCUUUUGGGCGGAGCAGGCUGCGCGCGGAGGUGGAGAGAGGCAUGGCGGCUUUCAUUGAGGGAGGUUCUGUCACUCACCCACCAGGAGGCGGAGCUCCAGUGGAGGGAGAGCUUGCUCCUCCUGGCGGGAAGGAGGCAGGUGACAGACGCCCUGACUAGUGGGAGCAACGCCUGCCUGCUACCUUACUUCAGGGCGGCCGUACUGGGCAGGCAGCACGCGGCGCUGCUGGACACGCUGGACAACAUCGCGGCAGGACGAGGAGCUGAGCAUGGGGCGGAGCAGGAGGCCCAGCUGGGUAUGGCUGCUCGCUCCCUCUCCUGCAUUGCUGACGUGCUAGUGUGCUUGGCCAAAGACAAGGGGGGGCUCAGGAGUGGGCCAGCUGCGAACAAGGCUUGGAGCUCCGCCUACUUCCUGUUAGGAGAAGGUGAUCUGAAGGGUGGAGUUAAGGCCCUGGCUGCGCAGAGAGUUCAUUGGCUCAGCAGGCCAGACCUGCUGGUGCGGGCAGCGCGGCACUAUGAAGGCGCCGCCCAGGUGCUGCUACGUCAGGCUAUGAUGUCAUCACAGAAGUUCAUCGCCAUUGGCCAGGGUGAUGUCCCGCCUCUUGAGCAAUGGCAUGAAGUGGAGUGUCCUGCCCGACUGGACCUUGCAGGUGGCUGGAGCGACACUCCGCCCAUCGCUUUCGAGCAUGGCGGCUCUGUGACUAAUGUGGCAGUGAAGGUUGAUGGCAGGCGUCCGAUUGGUGCUCGGGCUCGUCGCAUCAGAGAACCCCACCUCCUGCUGGUCAGUCACAUUGGGCAGCAGGACUCUGGUGUUUCCACAAAGACUGUGUGCACCAGCCUGGAUGACCUGAAGGACUACUGUCAGCCGCACGCACCCGGAGCGCUGCUGAAGGCCGUGUGUGUCUGUAGUCGUUUGGUGUCGCUCUCUUCCCAGCAUCCUCUCGGACAUCAGCUGCUUCAGAAUUGGGGUGGAGGAUUGGAGCUGCACAGCUGGUCGGCGCUGCCCACUGGCUCGGGACUCGGAACCAGCAGCAUCCUGGCGGGGGCGCUGUUGGUCGCCGUCUACAGAUGCACGGGUCAAACGUAUGACAGUGACGCGCUCAUUCAUGCCGUCCUGCACCUGGAGCAAGUCCUGACCACCGGCGGGGGCUGGCAGGACCAGGUGGGAGGUCUGGUUGGGGGGCUGAAAGUGGGCCGGUCCAAAGCGACUCUGCCACUGCAUGUCCAGGUGGAGCGUUUGUGUCCCCCAGAAGACUUCUUGUCGUCUUUGGAACAGCGCCUCCUGCUGGUGUACACUGGAAAGACUCGGCUGGCUCGCAACCUUCUGCAGGAUGUGGUGCGCAGCUGGUACAGUCGUCUUCCUGCAAUGGUCCACAACGCCCAGCAGCUGGUGUCCAACUCGGAAGAAUGUGCUCAAGCUUGCUUAGAUGGUUCCUUGUCAAGACUGGGCUGCUGCGUGGACCGUUCGUGGCACCAAAAGAAGCUGAUGGCGCCGGGCUGUGAACCAGCAUCAGUCCGCGUCAUGAUGGACGCCUUGCGCCCUUUGGUCCUAGGUCAGAGCCUGGUUGGAGCAGGGGGAGGUGGCUUCCUUUGCUUGUUGACCCGCCAGCCUGAACAGCACCAGACGGUGCUUCAGGUCCUCAAUGACACACCGGGUCUGGGAAACUUCAGCGUUCACACAGUUGAGCUGGACAUGGAUGGCAUCACUGUGCUAGUGUCUUGAAGUCACCCACACAAUCUGGUGGGCAAACUUGGUAUAUGUUUUUUGGGGGGGCUUGAGGGGUAAUUAUGAUUGAGCCCUAUGAACUCUGCCUAGCAACAAGUGGCCAGGCAAAACCAUGAAGGAAAUAGUACAUUUAUAUUAUUUUUAAUGAUAAAUCAUGCACUAUAAAUGUUAUAUAUUUUAUAAUGGUGUGAAUAAAAAAAACUGAGAAUA